AAGACCGGCUCUGAGGAUCUGGACCAGACUCAGACCAGGGCUAAACCUCUGAAGGAUCAACAUGAGCCAGAGGGGUGGACUCAAGCUGUUACUACUGCUGCUACUGGGCAGCAUCCAAACAGGUUUGGGUCUGCGCUGUUACAAAUGCUCCGACUACACCGGCCACUGUCAGAACGUCCAAGAGUGCACCUACGAAGACUCCUGCAUCUCUAUUAGUGAAAGAGGAGGUAAAACCAUCCGUCAGUGCCUGCGUUACACUGACUGUGAUAACUCUCGCCUGCAGCAGAUGUUUCCCUCCAUCAGGGGCGUCACUUAUCGCUGCUGCAGCUCCAACCUCUGCAACUCAGGCUCCACCUCCUCCUCCUCUGCUCGCCCUCUCUGCGUGCUCACCACGACCCUCAUCGCCCUCUGCUGGGCAUGGAUCUGAACAGGCACAAGGCUUUUCUACAGGUCCCUUAUUGAUACUUUGUAGUGACAUCACCCUGGGGGUGUUCUACAUGCAUCUCUAUUGGCGGAAUGUUCAGCAGUUACCAUGGAAACACAAUUAAUGCACAUUAACAAGUAUUGCCAGAAAUGUUUUAAAAUUUGUCUGAAAACGCAAGAAAAAAAUACUAAAUUGAUUUAUACAGCACAUUUUCAGGAGCCUGUGAUCAGUUGUUUUACAGCACAGAUCAUGUCACCUGCUGUAGUUCCAACUAAACUGGAUCUUUCUGGUCACGUUGUGUUACAAUAAAGCUCAAAUUAAAGUCUAAGAGUGCUUCAGACAGAGCAGUGCCUACAGUUAGCACACCCCCAAGGAAUGUUGAUGACAUCAGCUGCAAAGUAUCAACUGGUGGUUUUCAGACUGUAGAGUGUGGUAUGGCCAUACUCUCAGAUGGGGGCGCAAGAGACAGUUUUUUUGUAUUGAUUACACUGUACUUCCAUAAGAGUUAUCCAAAAGGAGAGUUCACAAACAUUGUUGUCAUUUUUAUUCGUGACUAGACCCAGGCUAAGACCUCGCUAUAUUACAUAAAGGAUCAGCAUUUUAACAUAACAUUCAUUUUAGCUGUUCCCCAUUUGUAUUAAAUAUGGUCUAUAUAAUGUGACGAAAUCUGCAACCCAGCAAUUCUACAAAAACAACUUCUUUGAGCUAUUAUGUUUGCUUAAACUUGGAUAAAUCAUCACUUAUCAGAUAGUUUUACUUAUUUUCCAAGGCUUAGUUGGACUAAAAUAUCUGACCUUUAAACAAAUGGAGAUACUAUUUCACUCUCACGUUGAUGUUCAGUGUGUUACUGU